GAAAGAUAUCACAGCGGUAUGGAAACCUGCCAGGAGAAUUGCAUAUGAUAGAAUUGGAAAAAGGGAAGACUGGAUUGGGCCUGAGCCUUGCUGGAAACAAAGACCGAUCACGAAUGAGCGUCUUCAUCGUGGGGAUAGAUCCAAAUGGAGCAGCUGGCAAAGAUGGCCGGUUGCAGAUUGCCGAUGAGUUAUUAGAGAUUAAUGGACAAAUAUUAUAUGGGAGAAGUCAUCAGAAUGCUUCAUCUAUUAUCAAGUGUGCACCAUCUAAAGUUAAAGUAAUUUUUAUCAGGAAUAAAGAUGCUGUAAGCCAAAUGGCAGUGUGCCCCGUGAAAACGACAGAUCUGUGCCCUUCCAACUCUUCUGCCUUUCCAAGUCAAGAGAAUGAAGAGAACAUUCCAGCAUUAGCUCCUCCAAUUAGUUUUGGCUCCUUCAAAAACGUUUUCCAUGUGGAUUUACCAAAGGAUCAGGGAGGUCUAGGCAUUGCUAUCAGUGAAGAAGACACUCUUAAUGGAGUAGUCAUUAAAAGUCUAACUGAUUAUGGAGCAGCAGCAAAGGAUGGACAUAUCAAAGUAGGGGAUCGUAUCUUGGCAGUUGAUGAUGAACCAGUGGUGGGUGCUGCAAUUGACAAGGUUGUUAGUCUUUUGAAGAAAGCCAAAACA